AAGAUACCCUCCCUCUCUCUCUCUCUCUCUAGAAAAAAUAAGAGUGAUUGCUUGCGCACACUUUCUCUCUCUAUCUACUAGACUACAGAUAUAGAUAUACACACUCCCUUUGGAGUUCCGAAGCUUCGGGUAGCUUUCCCUCGGCGACUGGCGCGCUUGAUUAGGGGCUCCCUCAUUAAUCCAGUCGAAGUUUUUUUGUUCUAGGGUUUCCAAACUACUGUGUGUUUCUAUACUUUUACGACUUUGUUUUUUCACUUAUCUUUAGUUUGAGUUCCGAAUUUUCAAAUCUCGAUCUAGGGUUUCCCGUUCAUACGCUUCUUAUGUUAUUUAUUGAAUUCUCUACUGUAAGUUAGUGAAUUGUGCUGUAUAUACCAAAAAAUUCCGUACGUUCCCGGGCAUUAGCUGCUGGAUUGUUGCUCGUGCUCGAGAUUGAGGAUUGGAUUUUUUCCAAGAUUAUUUUGGCUGCACUAGUGAGUAAACAAAUUCUGUAUAAGUGGGCAUAGCGGUAUAAUGAUGGCCAAGAAAGAUAGAUUCCCCCCUGGGUAUUCUGCUAGUGUUGCUCCACAUUAUGAAUCUGAAGGAUCUGGCAGCUCGGGACGGAUUGACUCAGUUGAUGGUUCUUCUGCGUCUAAGAGAAAAUGGGUUGAUUUGAAUUCAGCCUCGAGGGAUGGUUUCACUGUACCCAUACAAAUUAUUCCAUUGUCCAAAUUGUCUUCCUUUGAGAGGAAGAGUUUGGUGCUUCGUCUGACAUCGGAGCUUGAGCAGAUUCGACUUCUCCAAAAUAAAGUUGAGUCGCAGAAGAAAAAAACUACUGUAAAUAAAUUUACAAAGUCAAAUUCUAGUGAUAUUCUCACUUGUACUAAUGGACAACAGAAAGGGCUGCAAGUGGGUAACUUGAAAAAAUCAGCGAUGUUGGAUUCUGCACCUGGGAAAAAAGCUCGGGGUUGGAAUCGGGGUAUAACAGGAAGGUUUCAAUCAGCAAGCGACAACUCACAUGUGAAUGCUAACAAUGCAACACUUAAGCAGUGUGAAGGUCUCUUGAAGAAGCUGAUGUCGCAACAAUUUGCUUGGGUAUUCAAUUCACCUGUCGAUGUGGUGAAACUGAACAUUCCGGAUUAUUUUACUAUAAUUAAAACCCCCAUGGAUUUGGGAACAGUUAAGAGCAAACUCAAUUCAGGGAAGUACUCGCAUCCUUUGGAAUUCCUAGAAGAUGUCCGACUUACUUUUACCAAUGCAAAGACAUACAAUCCACCUGGGAGUGACGUCCACGUUCUGGCUGAGACAUUUAGUCAGUUCUUUGAAACGAGGUGGAAAGCUAUUGAGAAGAAAUUUGUGGUGACUACUUCCAAUUCAGCACCUAAAAAAUCAGGGGGUAUUGAGGAAACUGGAGUGGCCAAGACAUUGGCCCCAUCAAAAAAGAGGAAGCUCAGCCCACGACAGCAUGAAGUAAUACAAGAACCUACAAAGAGGAAGAUGACAGAUGAGGACAAGCAUAAAUUGAGCAUGGAAUUGGAAGGUAUUGAUGGGGACCUACCAGAUGCCGUCAUUGAUUUUCUGAGGGCACAAACCUCAAAUAGAGGUGAUGGUGGAGAGGAUGAGAUUGAGAUAGACAUCGAUGAUCUUAGUGAUGACACUCUAUUUACCUUGAGGAAGCUUUUAGAUGAACAUUUACCAGAUAACCAGAAGAACCUUGCCAGAUCUGAGGCCUGUGAGAUUGAGCUCCCAAAUGUAUCAGGGCUUAGCAAUUCGUCACUGCAAGUUGACAAAGGCAAUGAUAACGAUCCCAUUGACGAGGAUGUUGACAUUGGAGGAAAUGAGGCUCCUGUAACUAGCUAUCCCCCAGUUUUGAUUGAAAAAGAUGUUGGGGGCAGAGCUGAAGAAUAUAAUGAAGCAGGUCCGGACUCUGAUAGAGGGUCUGAAUGCUCCAAGGGUUCUUCAGCUGUAAAGCAAGCACAGGAUGAAACAUGUCACACAGCAGAUUCAGCUAAAAAGGGUGACACCGGUGAGCUGGUUGGUGAACAUCCAUCUGCUAGUGAAUUGGACCACCUCGAACAUGGUUCAGUGAAGCCUUCCUCGAGCGAUUCAGAUGGUCAAGUAGAUGUAGAGGGUGCACAAGAUGACAGGCAAGUCUCCCCAGACAAGCUGUACAGGGCUGCUAUCUUGAAGAACCGAUUUUUGGACACAAUCCUAAAAGCUCGAGAGAAAACUCUAACUCAGGAUGAAAAGAUGGACCCUGAGAAACUCCGACGUGAAAGAGAGGAACUUGAGAUGCACAAAAAGAGAGAGAAGGCUAGGCUGCAAGCAGAAGCCAAAGCUGCAGAAGAUGCUCGUAAGCGGGCUGAAGCUGAAGCUGCAGCUGAAGAGAAAAGGAGAAGGGAGCUCGAGAGAGAAGCAGCGAGAGAAGCGCUGCUCAAGAUGGAGAAGACGGUUGAGAUCAACGAGAAUUCGCGUUUUCUCGAGGAUUUAGAAAUGCUAAGGACUGCCCCUCCCGAGCAACUAGUACUAGCUAGCUCAGUCGAUGAAAUGAGCCCAGAGGACUCACAGGAUGGGUUUGGGAGUUUCAAAUUCGGAAGCAAUAAUCCGUUGGAACAGCUUGGAUUGUACAUGAAGAUGGACGACGACGACGACGAACCCGAGCCCCCAGCAGCCGAUCCCAAUGCUACUACACAAGAUGUAGAGGAAGGUGAGAUUGAUUAGCCUACUUUGCAAGAAACAAGAUCCAUCACCGAAUACUACUCAUUGGACUCGAUAUUCUUAGUCUUCUUCACCUUCGGAAAAUCACAAAAAAAAAAAGAAAAAAAAAUCUACGAAGAUGGUAGAAAUUAGAAACUAGUUGUCUGAGAUCCAACAUUAUUUGAGUGUGGAAUACGUGUAGCCGAUUUUAUGUUGUAUGAAUAUGAUGGUGUGGUGAAAAUUGGCUCCUAAUUUUGCAGUAUUGCAAAUUGAAUUUGCAUAUUUCUAUUGCAAAAUGUAAGUUUAUCG